AUGGCAUUAUCAGCACGGUGGGUAUCCAUGGCUGGACCCAGCAUUCCUGGGUUUGCGACUUUGCGGCCUCUGGGUCGAUGGACAACAUCCAUUCCAGCACGAAUUGGGUCAAGUGAGGCUCUUAAGUUAUCAGUAGUAUAUGCACUAGAUGCAUGUGCGGCGCAUUUCGGCUCCACUGACAUAGACGCAAGCGCAAUGUUAUUUUCCGGACCAAAAGCAGCCCAGGCCCUCCGACUAGCCUGGGCAACAGCAGACCCAAUGAAAGAAGACGAUAUCGUGAAUCUAAUUCUCGCAGUCCAGUUGAAUUUUUCCGCUGAGAUUUUUCGACGUCUGGAAGCCGGCGUCUACUUCCUUCAUAUAAAAGCACUAUCCACUUUGUUCAAGUUAUGUACGCCAUCACUGUUUCAAACAGAGCUGGUCCAAAGCCUAUUCAGUGCAACCGUUUAUGAAGAGGUAACCUACUGCUAUUUUGCAAGGGUUGACUCGACGUUCGACGACCCUUCCUUUUUACAAUCAUUUCAGGCCGGUCUCAUGCCAUGGAAGAGUCCACUGGCCAAGGCGACAGCAUUUGUUAUUGGACAUCUCGUGCAGCUCCCGCGAGCGCUUCGGCUGGUACGCUCACUUUGCCAAUUCCACGAUCCUACUGGAUAUUUAGAAGCAAUUACUCUAAUUGGAAACCUCUACCAUGGUGCCUCUGAUGGCUUUAUGCGACAAAUAAUAGAAAAUAUUUGCACAGUCGUUCCAACACGGCAUCCUAAAAUAGCGACUUUGGUGCCACAAUCAUAUCAUUUCGAGUCAACAUAUGCUUACAAGCUGCUGAUCCGAUACUACACAUUUCAAUUUUUACUUUACGGUCUGAUGGAGGAGAUGAAUCGUGUCUAUCCUCUCGAUAUCGACAUGGCCAUUAUGCGGCAUCAAGAUGUGCAUGCAGCACACUCAUUUGCCAUGUGCAUGGACCAUGCAUUUAAUAUGUACCCAUCGAUGGGUCUAUUGACAGUCCGACUAAUUGUACCGACGCAAUUCUCGUACUAUACCUGGUAUCGACUUGAAACCCGAUCUAUUCCAACAGCGCACGCCUCAAGUGAUUACCAGCGCGCUCGCGCUAUGAAGUCGUUGUUGGUAGACCUCGAAAACAGUAUCGCACCGGCUUGGGGAGGUUCGCAGUUUUCUUUUGAAACCCUAGAUGCAACUAAAGAAGCUCUUUUUGGAGGGGCGAUGACGAAGCGCAUGGAAAGACUUACAGAUCCUGCUUCGAUCAUAAGUUCAGCAGAGGACUCCGCUUACAUCCAAGACCUAGAAAAAGGUUAA